GUCUUUCCCAGCCUCCCUUACACUUCCUGCUUCGGUAGCUGCCUGUGUGUUUGAGCAAACGAUACAUCAACAACAAGAUGGAAUAGUUGUGAAAAUUUAGUGAAACCCCGUCAAUGACAACGUUGUAUUUACUUGUGGCAAGCUAUUCAAUUAAACACUUUAUUUAAAUGUCAGUUCUUAGGACUUGAAGGUUGUUGGCACAACAUCAACAAUGCAUCUCUCUCCCACCAACGGAGAUUUUACCUUCGUCUCAUCAACUGAAGCCGAGGAUCUAAGCGGUACUAUUGAUGCCCCAGAUGUUAAAUUGAGCAUGGGCAGUGACAAUGCAAAAGACCCAUAUGCAACCACGUUCCUGAGGAAACGAGGCUAUGGUUGGCUCCUGGAAGUAGAAGAGGAUGACCCCGAAGACAACAAACCUCUUCUGGAGGAGCUGGACAUCGACCUGAAAGACAUCUACUACAAGAUCCGCUGUGUGCUGAUGCCAAUGCCCUCCUUGGGCUUCAACCGGCAGGUUGUGAGGGACAACCCUGACUUCUGGGGCCCGCUGGCUGUAGUGCUCCUGUUCUCCAUGAUCUCCAUCUACGGACAGUUCAGGGUCGUGUCUUGGAUAAUUACCAUUUGGAUAUUCGGAUCUUUAACAAUCUUUUUGCUGGCUCGUGUUCUUGGUGGUGAGGUGUCUUAUGGACAAGUUCUUGGAGUGAUUGGAUACUCUCUACUCCCGCUCAUCGUUAUAGCCCCAUUGCUUUUGGUCAUUGGGGGUUUUGAUGUUGUUUCUACACUAAUAAAGCUUUCUGGAGUAUUUUGGGCUGCUUACAGUGCUGCUUCACUGCUUGUUGGGGAUGAAUUCAAAACCAAGAAGCCUCUGCUCAUAUACCCCAUUUUUCUUUUGUACAUCUACUUCCUGUCACUAUAUACUGGUGUCUGAUUGGACAAAUGGCUACUCCGUGGUUGGCGAAUGACACAAAGCACCGUGAAAAGACACACAAAUAUUCAUUCCACAAUGAAAAUAAGGAGUAUGGAUUUUUGAAAGGUCAUUUUCUCCCUCUUUAACCCUGUUUACAAUCUUAGACUGUGGGGAUAUAAGGGUGUAUGUUACAUCAGUGUAUUUAAAUGUACCCCUUACCUCUGUGCUCAGUAAAAAGUGGUUGCUUAUUGUCUAAGCUCUACAUUCAGAUUUAAUUGUAAUAAGAGCACAGGUUCGCAUUGGCAUCAUAUAAGAGGAGUGUAAUUAUUUAAUCAAGGCGUCAAAUCUGGUUUUGGUAAUCAUGGGAGGGUCACAUACUGUCAUUGAUUUUUGUUAAUGCUUUUAUUCCAUAGAGGAAGGUGGUGCCAAAUACAGUGCAAGGGGUUAAGAAAGAAGUCUGCCCCUAACGUCAGCCCGUAAGGUUCCCAUUAUUGUGUAAGGGAGUGGGAUUAGCAUACUGUUAUGCAUUAUUAUGCAUAGUUACGCAUUAUUUAGUUGUCAUUUCUGCCUGGGUAGACAAGUAGAUGGGCAGUUUGAGUGAAAUAAAACAAAGUACUGAA